UAGUUGGAUAGAGUAUUUUUAUGAAAUGUUUUCUAUCAAAAUGUUACCCAUUCGAACCGUGCCCACUGGCGCCGCCAGCCAAUGCUUUACGUUGAUUCGUUCCUUAACGCUCGGAAGCGCACGUGCAUCAAAGAAAGCAGAACAGCUGGAGAGUGAAACAUCGGCUGCUGAAGAAGAUGUGCCGGUAACGUUUGUGGACGACGAUGCAGAAACGAUGGAAGCACGGGAGGCUCGUCUUGGGGCCAUCCGGAACAAAUCACGUUUGUUACCUCAACAUAGACACAUGCUCCACGAUACCCUUCCGUACGAACAGUCACAAUCGUGGAUUCACGAAACGGUGAAAUACAAGAGAAUGAUGCUCGGCCGGUACGGCCUUGAGGGAAGCCGUGUUGAUCCCAGAAUAUGCUUCCCAACCAAAAAGGAAGCUUACGAAAAGGCCGAAUACGAGCGUGUUGCAUUUCCCUUUUCGCUCAAGCAAAUGAUGGACUCCAAUGCUGCCGCACGUAAAGCGAAAAAAGCCGCAGUGGAAGCACGUGAGGUGGAGAUAGCACGGAAGCUGGAAAAAUUAGACCAAUGGACGGCGGAUCUUAACGCACGCAUGGCAAAGAAGGAAGCGGAAGCCCGCGCAGCCAAAGAACGCAAGGAUCGGCUGGUGGAAGAGGUCCGGCGGCACUUCGGUUUCAAGGUGGACCCACGGGACGAACGUUUCCAGGAGAUGCUGGCGCAGAAGGAGCGUGAAGAUCGCAAGAAGGUGAAGGAGGCGAAACGGAAGGAAAAGGAGGAGAAAAUGAUGGAAAAGUUACAGAAGAAGACGGCUGAACUGGAGGCGGACGUUGAGGUGCCGAACGAACAGAGGAAAUAAAUGAACUCGAACGGUCAUUCGUUAGUGAAUAGCAAACGCGCGUUUCUUUAAUUU